AUGGGAUGUUUAAUUACGAUGUGCCAAAAUCGGAUGCCUAUUCCAGUGUGCCCAACUCCACGUGCCAGACUCGCAUGUGAGCUUCCAGGACAGCGAAAUAUGAGUGUCAUCGCUCUUGCUCAUCGAAUUGAACGGUCUUUGACUGCGACUACGCGCCACCCUUACUCAUUCUGUCCAAGUCGCAGUGCUGGCAAAGUUUAUACGAAGGAAAUCGAUUCAGAAGCAUUCCUAGUUGUUAAAACUGCUGUUAUCACGAUGCUCCAGCAACCAGUUCCGGAGCUGCGUAGCUUCCAGUCUCUUUCGAAAUAUGCCGGUGGUUCGAGGUCAGUUCUUGGUCGUCGUACAUCAAAUGUCCUUGCUACUCGUCGUUCAUCUCAAUGCAAAAAGCGAUUCGAUGACCUGGACGCUAUUGGACCAGCAAACGGUUCAAAGGAAACUGUCUCGGAAGCAGGAAAGCGUUCUACUACUCAUACUCCAACCUUGUGCCUCUGUAUCGCUCUACAAUCAAAUGUCCAAAUUGCUGAACCAGCUCUCCAUUGUUUGAAACAAACUCGGCCGCCACGAUCAUGGGCUCUAACCUUAGUGAUGAGUCCAUGGUUUGACAGGGUCACAAUGUUUGUUAUCCUCAUAAAUUGUAUAACAUUAGAUAAUAAAUGUAUCUUUACAGGAAUGUAUCGACCGUGUGAGGAUGGUCCGAAUUGUCCCACAUAUCGAUGUAAUAUACUGGCCUUAAUUGACCAUGCCAUAUUUGCGUAUUUUUCUGCGGAGAUGGUCAUAAAAAUUAUUGCCCUCGGCUUUAUUGGACCGGCCGCUUACCUGUCUGACACUUGGAAUCGGCUCGAUUUCUUUAUUGUGAUGGCUGGGAUUGCAGAGUUUCUAUUACAAGAGUAUCUCGGUGGUAAUAUUAAUCUGACUGCGAUUAGAACUGUGCGAGUGUUACGGCCUCUUCGGGCACUAUUUGUUUUAGUGAACCUUCUCCUGGAUACGUUGCCUAUGUUGGGGAACGUCUUGCUGUUAUGUUUCUUUGUAUUCUUCAUUUUUGGCAUUGUUGGUGUUCAACUUUGGGCGGGUCUUUUACGGUUUUACAUACCAGAGGAUACCUCUUUAGAGUAUAUAUGUAGCCAUGCAGAUGCAAACGGGUUGCACACCUGCACUAAUCUUCCACCUUAUGCAUUGGGUGGAGUGAAGUGCAAUUUAACUAUAGAAGACUACGAUAAAGUUAGCGAUAAUGCGUGUAUUAACUGGAAUAUCUACUACAACGAAUGCCAGGCAAGAGUUUCUAACACUAUUUUUUUUGCUGGUACAUCCUGCAGUAACUGCCACGACCGCCUUUCUAUUAACCUCGGCAUUGAUCAAGUGAUUUUGUUCGUAUUUUUUUGA